CCGGGCGCCGCCGAUCGCGUGGCCUUCGCCGAGCUGCGGCCGGGCGGCAACGCCUCGAGCGGCAACGCCACGUGCCAGGAGCGCUCGCAGGACCUGGUGGUGCGGCCGGGCCCCGCCGAGCCCCGCGACACCUCGGCGCUGCUGCGGGUCCGGGUGCAGCCGCUGCGCAAGGACGAGCGCGCCAAGACCUACGUGCUGUGCUCGCAGCGCCGGCCCGGGCAGCCCUGGCUGCCGCACCAGGGGCCCGACGGGCACGUGCUGGUGCUGGAGGAGAAGAAGUCGCUGCUGCCGCUGUGGCUGCAGGUGAUCCUGAUCGCGGGGCUGCUGGUGCUGUCGGGCAUGUUCAGCGGGCUCAACCUGGGUUUGAUGGCGCUGGACCCCAUGGAGCUGCGCAUCGUGCAGAACUGCGGCACCGACAAGGAGAAGCGCUACGCCCGCAGGAUCGAGCCCAUCCGCAGGAAAGGGAACUACCUGCUCUGCUCGCUGCUGCUGGGCAACGUGCUGGUCAACACCACGCUGACCAUCCUGCUGGACGACCUGAUCGGCUCCGGCAUCGGCGCCGUGGUGGCCUCCACCAUCGGCAUCGUCAUCUUCGGGGAGAUCGUGCCGCAGGCGCUCUGCUCGCGCCACGGGCUGGCCGUGGGCGCCAACACCAUCGUGGUCACCAAGUUCUUCAUGCUGGUGACGUUCCCGCUGUCCUACCCCAUCAGCAAGCUGCUGGACUGCAUCCUGGGCCAGGAGAUCGGCACCGUCUACAACCGGGAGAAGCUGGUGGAGAUGCUGAAGGUGACGGAGCCCUACAACGACCUGGUGAGGGAGGAGCUCAACAUGAUCCAGGGAGCGCUGGAGCUGCGCACCAAGACGGUGGAGGACGUGAUGACCCCGCUGCAGAACUGCUUCAUGAUCAACAGCGACGCCAUCCUGGACUUCAACACCAUGUCCGAGAUCAUGGAGAGCGGCUACACCCGCAUCCCGGUCUACGAGGACGAGAGGUCCAACAUCAUGGACAUCCUCUACGUCAAGGACCUGGCCUUCGUGGACCCUGAUGACUGCACGCCCCUCAAAACCAUCACCAAGUUCUACAACCACCCCGUGCACGUCGUCUUCCACGACACCAAGCUGGACGCCAUGCUGGAGGAGUUCAAAAAGGGGAAGUCCCACCUGGCCAUCGUGCAGAAGGUGAACAACGAGGGCGAGGGCGACCCCUUCUACGAGGUGCUGGGGCUGGUGACGCUCGAGGACGUCAUCGAGGAGAUCAUCAAAUCCGAGAUCCUGGACGAGUCCGACACCUACAUUGAUAACCGCAGCAGGAAGAGGGUGUGCAACCAGAAGAACCGCCGCGACUUCUCGGCCUUCAAGGACCCCGACAAUGAGCUCAAGGUCAAGGUGUCCCCUCAGCUGCUGCUGGCUGCCCAUCGCUUCCUGUCCACCGAGGUGACACUCUUCACCCCCAGCUUCAUCUCGGAGAAGAUCCUGCUGCGGCUGCUCAAGUACUCGGACGUCAUCCAGGAGCUGAAGUUCGACGAGGAGAACAAGAAAUCCCCGCGGCACUUCCUGUACUGCAAGAACAAACCAGCUGAUUACUUCAUCCUCAUCCUGCAGGGCAAGGUGGAGGUGGAGGCUGGCAAGGAGUGCAUGAAGUUCGAGGCGGGAGCGUUUUCCUACUACGGGGUGAUGGCGCUGAGCCCCCCUCCCGGCUCUGGUGAGCACCCCAAAAUCCCUCUGGGAUCCCUGGGCCUUGGGGACACUUCCAGGGAUUCCUGGCUCAGAGCUGCCCUGGGAACGGGAGAUCCCAGAGGUGCAGAGCUCCCCAUGGAAUCCUGGAAUGCUUGGGGAGGAUCUUAG